AUGUAUCCAUCUAUGGCUGUUCAUAUCUAUCUAUCUAUCUAUCUAUCUAUCUAUCUAUCUAUCUUUUUCAUAUUUAUAUAUCUAUCUAUAUUUUUCAUAUCUAUCUAUCUAUUUAUGUUUUUCAUAUCUAUCUAUCUAUCUAUCUAUCUAUCUAUCUAUCUAUCUAUUUCUCUUUUUCAUAUUUAUAUAUCUAUUUAUCUUUUUCAUAUCUAUCUAUCUAUCUAUCUAUCUAUCUAUCUAUCUAUAAAUAUGUCUGUCUGCAUUUCACAGUUCAUAUCUAUCUAUAAAUAUAUUUAUCUACAUUCCUCUGUUCAUAUCUAUCUAUCUAUAAAUCUAUCUGACUUCUCUGUUCAUAUCUAUCUAUCUAUCUAUCUAUCUAUCUAUCUAUCUAUCUAUCUAUCUAUCUAUCUAUCUAUCUAUCUAUCUGACUUCUCUGUUCAUAUCUUUCUAUGUCUGUUCAUUCAUAUAUAUAUAUAUAUAAAUGUAUAUAUAUAUAUAUAUAUUUCUGUUCAUAUCUAUCUAUGUAUCUAUCUAUCUGCGUCUCUUUAUAUCGAUCUAUCUAUUGAUCUUUAUAUCUAUCUAUUGCUGUUCAUAUCUAUCUAUCUAUCUGUCUUUCUUUUUAUCUAUCUAUUGCUGUUCAUAUCUAUCUAUCUGUCUUUCUUUUUAUCUAUCUAUGAUUCUAUCUUUCUAUAUACUAUUAAAUUGAACUCUGUAUCAGCAUAA